CCUCUGCUGCAGUAAGGAACCAGACUUUGGCUUCAGGCCAGAGGCCUUCAGCAUUCAAGUCCAGCACUGGAUACCUGCUGUCUUCUGAAAGGCUCUACCGUCUGGCUUUUCCUGUCAUAGCAGGUAUUCUGCGGUGGGAGCAAGGUGAUGUGACACAGAGCUGUGAUGUCAUGGUCGAGCCGAUGUCUCGCAGACAGAGGCUUCUCCCAGAGUCAGUGGAAGUGUGUCUGAGAGGAGUGCUGCAGGGCUGGGACUCCUCAUCACUGACACAAGCCUCCACAGAGUCAUGGGUGCUUCAGUGCUCCAGCAGAAGUGACUGGGGAGCUUCUGCCUUCCAGCACCUGCUUGUGGAACUGUCUGCUCAUGCUCUGCAUAUGCUUGCUGAGGUGAAUGACAGUGGCCUGGUGUGCUCAGCUGUCCUCUCCCCCUUGUCAUACUCUACAGCCCUACUUACCAUUCUCCAGCCUGGAAUCACUCAACAUAACCCUCUCCUGACUGCUGAAACUGUUGCCCCUGCCACAGCUGAUACCUCAGCUGACCUGCCAGAUGUUGUGAGCAGCGUUCUUGGAGUAGUGUAUGAGAUCAUGGAGGAGGAUGGUGACCAUGUCGAUGACAAGCCAAAGGAUCAUCCAGUUCCUGAGUGGGCUCAGCAGGAAGUCAGCCAUUGCCCACUGACAACAGGCAUGUUGGAGACUUGGUUUCCUCAAUCAGACCAGUCAGGAGUAAGCUCUCAUUUAAUGGAGUCAAUGAGAUUGCUGCAUGCAGUGCCAGAGCAGAAAGAGGAAGAGGAGUUGUCUGUGCUACAGCAGGAACUGAUCAGUGGCCUGGCUGAACUGUACCAGACGUCACAGGGCACAGACAACAAGAGGGGCAAAAAACGUGGCGCCCAGCGCACGCCAGUAAAACAGAAGAUGAAGACCAUGAGCCGUUCCCUGCAGAUGCUGAAUGUGGCACGACUGAAUGUGAAAGCCCAGAAGAACCAGGCUGAAGCUGAGCAGCAGGGGGCAGAGGGCAGGGGGCCAGACAGACCUGGGAAGAGACGGUCAAGUGACAGGAACAAAUCUGAGGGAAUGAACACCAUCAGUUUCACUAGUGAGGCAGAGCUCUUGUCCCAUUUGAAGUCCAGUUACGAGAAGACUCUGGUAGACAGAGACUCGUCCCUCCUGACUGGUGUCCAACAGCUUCUGACUGCUGUGAAAACCUUCCUCACAGCAGAAUCAGAUCUGGAGGUGAAGACCUCCUUGUUUGUCCAGCAGCACCUCCUCAAGACCAGCAAAUCAAUCAGGCAGCUCUAUGGCACAACUGCUGAUGUUGACAGCAAAGUCAGAGAGUGUCAGCUUCAGGCGGUUUUGAGGCUGGAGCUGUGCAGACUUUUCUCUUCAGAGCAGUCUGACUCACUGGAUGCUGAUCAGAUGGCAGAGGAGGUGGCUGAAAUGCUCAGGAUAAUCUCUCUAACAAAAGAUCCAGUUUGCCUGGCAAGGUUCCUUCAAGACGAGGUUCUCCCAGCGUUUCUGACUGCUGUACCCAGGGUGCUUGCAGACAUCUACAACAGUCUGGGCACUCAGCUCCCUGAGGCUUUGGUGGCUGUUCUGCCUGCUGACUUCUUCAGUGACGAGUCAGUUGCCAAGGACAGUGUCUCUCCUUCAGCGUAUUCGUCUCCCCUCUCCUCACACGACCUGGUUUCGGAUGGAAAAGAUCGCCUACAGGACCUGCGUAAUCGCUCAGCCAGCAAGAGGAGGAGUGGGAUGCUGACUCGUCAUCGCAGUAUGACUGAAUCAUCACAGAGUCUUCGUCAAAUAGAGAUACCCAAAAAGACAACAAGAGCUUCCAAGUCAAAGGUGUGUGCUGCUGUGGAGAAACCAGUCGCAGAACCACAACCUCAGAAACAAGAAACACAAGAGGUGACCAAGGUAAGAAGAAACCUGUUCAACCAAGAGAUUGUUUCACCCUCAAAGAAAGCCAAGCUGCCGAGGAGCCAGUCUGUGUCUGCCGUGGAAGGACUGAAACGAAAGCGAUCUCAUGAGCCUGAAGAGAGACACAAACUUCUUACAAAGAAAGUGUGUGAGACACCGCUUCACAAGCAAGUGUCCAGUCGCCUCCUAUACCGGCAAAAAAUGGGAAGGAGAUCUGUCCCAUCUGAGGAGUGCAUUGUGGAAGAGUCACCAGUAAAACCCGCAGAAGACCUAAGAAGGAGUCCCAGGAUUAAGAAGCUCGCUAGAAGAUACUCAAACGCCUUCUACUCAAGUUCUCAACCUCGGUCACGCAACCUGGAAAGGGCUCUCUCUGCGUCCCAGCUUACUCUCAGCGACGGCAAAAUCAGUGAGGUUAACGUGAAAACUGUUCGGUCUCCCAUGCGUCUUCUUUUUGGGGCUGCUGAUUCCCCCAGUCGUCCAUCUGACCAGCUGGUGGCAACCAGGGCCACCAGAUCACAGCUGUUCACAGACUCCAGUGUCUUUGAGAGCCCAAAUAAAACACCAACAAAGUCACCCAGCAAACGUAGGAGGGCCACUCUUGGGAACACGACUCCUAAGACACCCAGGACUCCUGGAACCCAAGGAACUCCCAAAACUCCACCUUCAUCCAGGAUGCGUGUUUUCUCUGUUGCAGAGAGCCCCGCAGCUGGGACUUCUCGUGAGCUUGGCAUGGCUCUGAGGGGCAGUCCUUUCAGAUCGCCAGCCAGAAGGAGUCUUGUUGUAGAGACACCUACUAAGCAAAGCCCUGUGAUGAGCCCGCUGAAGGGUAUUCUCAGGACUCCAGUCAAGGCUUUGGUUGAAAGCAGCUCCUCUUCUGGAUUACAUAUGCUCAGUAGCCCCAUUUCCAAGACUCCCAAGAAGAGCGUCACAUGGUCUCCGUCUCCACGGAAAUUUAGAGUCGUGGAUCACAGCGGUACUUUCAAGGUACCAGAGUCGCCUUGUACUGCAUCCCGCAGUUCUCCGAGACUGGUGAAAACACCCAACAAGUUCAGCAGUCCUGUCAAACACACAAACACUAAAAGAGACAUUUUCAAGACCCCAGAAAAGAUUUGUCAAGUAAGUCUAGAGAGGCUUUCUGAAAAUACAAGCAGUAUUAUUUUGACACAGGAAAAAAAUCAAAGGUCCACUGAAAAACUUCACAACAGGAAGAAGACACCUGACAAAACUGACACUGGUAGUCAGCUGGAAAUACCUCCUCCACAAUCCACACCACCUCUGAACCAUCACCUCUCCCCUAAAGCCAACACUAGAACUCAAAACAAGACCCCAAGUCCUCCUCACCAAAUGAUUACUCGCUCUGGACGAACUCCAGGCCAAAGUUCAAACAUUGCAUCCCCAUGUAAGCCAGUAUUUACACCAGUAGGAGGUACUACUGUUUCUGAAGGAGCUGAUACUUCAGUUAAGUCUCCGGCAAAGUCCCUGACAAGAACAAGGUCUGGUCAAAGUGCAAGAACCACUAGACGUAGCUUAAUAUCCCAGUCUAGUGAGAGUGUUCCCUCUAAGCUAAACACGGAAUCUGAUGAGAACUGUGACCUUGUGGAAAAGAACGUGCAGCCAGAUACAAAGGGAGAUGUACAGGCUGAACCCUCCCAAUCCUCUGAAACUGACUCUAGCUCCCAAACAGAUUCACAGCAGUUUGACUCUUCAUAUUUUAACUCUGCUACAGAUGAUGAUAGUAUGGACAUUGUUGCUGCAGAAGUUGUAAAGACCCAGUUUAGUGGUGGUCUCAAGAUGAACAUUAGCUUUUCACGAAAGCCUUCAAUGUCUGGUGAAGACUUGCUCUCGAAUACAGUUUCUCCUAAACCACGUGUGCCGCACCAAGGUACACCCGGGCGAAGCUAUGGCUUCCGGCAGACCCCUGACCGCCAACAGAGAGAGGCUGCUGCUCGUUUGGGGUAUGCAAAUGAUCCCCCCAGAUUUUCUACCCCCAGAGGCCCUCCAAGACCUGGUCGACAGAAGGGCACAGGUACUCCAAAUCCUCUGACUUAUCAAGUAGAGAUGGAAAUGCAAACAUCAGGACUUCCCAAGCUCAAAUUCAAACGCACAGAUUCCAUGAAUGCAGGCGAUUUGGCCUCAGAUGGGGGCCCUCGAUCAGGUGCUCAGAGCCCUUUAGUUGGUGUGAAACCUUCUCAGCUGGAAAGCCCCUUGGCUUUGUUCUCUAAACACAGAGAUCCUGGAUGUGUCUCACCAUCUGUCUGUACUCAUGUCACCCCAGCCAAGAGUACGCCUGGAAAGGGUGGAAGUGUCCAAACUUACAUCUGUCAGUCCUACACCCCUACACGCCAUCCCGGGGGAACAAUGUCGCCAAUGGCAGCUGCAGAGAUCAUUCCCCUGACUCCCUCACCUGUAGGGAAGGUGACUCCAGACAACCUCAACAGCUGGCCUCGCAGGAAGAGAGCUCAGGUUGGAGUGGUUGGAGGCAAAGAUCGUGGCCUGAAGGGGGAGCCACUGCUGGAGGAGUUGCUGGAGGAAGCUGAGCUUGGAGUCAGCCGAUUACAAGACAUUGAGGACAUGGAUGAGCCGUCGAACAACAAAGCUACAGUAUUAGCCUUGACUUCCAAACCGUCACCUCCAGUCGCAGCAGAUGCAUCUCCUCUCUCUCCUCUGGAAGACUUGUACUGGAUGGGGAAACUGGCUGACUGCACUGAACCUCAGAGAGCAGAAGAAGAAAUCUUCUGGGCUGCUACAAGUGGAGAUGUCAAGUCAAUAGCGACUCCUCCCAGCUCAAAGGUCACAAAGCCAGUAACAGCGAGUGGGAUUUUGGCCCUCACACACUCUCCGUUGUUGUUCAAAGGCAAAACAGGCUCUGCAAGUAAGAGAACACCAAAUUUUAAAGAUGAUGCUGCAUCAGGGAGGAGGAUGGAAGUGGAUGGAGUGGAGGUCUCGCCCUUCAGCCAACCAAUCAGACGCUCAAACACGGGGAAGAGCUACAGCAGAAAGAGACUGCUCCACUGAACCACAAAACCAUCUGGCAGGCAAAGCAGAAAAGAUUGUCCAUUCUGUCUUUGACUGAAGUUGUGAGCCUUUCUUAGUCAUACUUUGUCAGGAGUGCUUUUGAUGGCAGAUCUGAAAGAUGUCUUUCAAGCACCACUUGAAAGGCUUUAUAGAUGAAUGAAUGUCCCUUUCAAUCUCUUCCACCAACACUUCUGACCCUGACAUUUUCUGUUCUGUGCAGUGGCUUUUGUUUUAAUCAGGACUUUUUAAGAUUCAAGAUUUAAAGUUGAAAAGCUGUGCGGUUCUGCCAAGGUGUUGCCCUUAGUGUUCGUAUAAGUGAUUUUUAUUGUUAAAAGUAUGCCAUGUUUCCUGCAUGGGUCUUUCUCAAACUAAAACCUUGGAGAAUGGUGAUAUUAUAAGUCGUCAUUGUUUUUUCAAAAAUGUAAUCAGCCAUUUUACAAUCAAGUCAGCAGCGAAAUUUGUUGAAAGAAGUUUUAUUCAUGUCUAUUUAUUAGUUUGUUCUUGUCAUAAAAUUGCUUUUAAGUAAAAGGGGAAGCCUUUGUGAUUGAGUAAUGUUGUAAAUAUGUUAUAUGUUGCCAAAGUCUUAUGUAAAUAAAUAUACAUUUUCUUAA